AUGAUUUUAAGGAGAAAUUUCGGAAAAUCAAUUAAACUUGGCUCAAAGAGACGAGCCGAGAAAACUGGUGAAGGGGCGGGUCUUGUUUCCUCGCUCUUUACCCUCUUCCUGGACUUGGAAAAAAACGAUUUUGAUCUUCCUGAUCGAUUGCUAUUGAAGAUUCAUAACACAGAACAUUUUAUCUACAAAAACGCGAAUCUUUGGGGUUUUGAAGAAACAGCAAAAAUACCAAAAUAUUUUGGUGGUGCUGACUACGAGAAUAAAGACAUUAAUGCUGGCUAUUUUCUUUGUGAAUUCAUCGAGGAGAUCUCAUUUGUUCAAUAUCAUACAAAUAUCUCGGUGAAUGGAGUUGCAGAAGUGGUCAAAGCUUUGGCGAGAAUCAAUGGCUACUGUAAG